CUCUCUCUCUCUCUCUCUACAGAACUCUGCUCUUAAAAAACAAUGGCCUUUGCUCUCCCGUUGUCUCCCUCUCUUUUCCCCUCUUACCCAAUUCAAAAGAGGGAUAAAGUUCGAACCUUUCCGAUUAGGGUUACUUCCUCUCCUUCUUUAGACACUUCUCUCAGCGAAUUCAGGCUAUUCAAUCCUUCCCAAGUGGAAAUCUCUUCUUCUGAGUUAGAAUCAGCUGAUCCUGAUUUCUACAAGAUUGGGUAUGUGAGGGGUGUGAGAGCAUAUGGGGUGGAGUUCAUGGAAGGACCAAAUGGGUUUGGAGUGUACGCAUCAAAAGACGUGGAGCCUCUAAGAAGAGCCAGGAUGAUUAUGGAAAUACCACUAGAGUUGAUGUUGACCAUAAGUCAAAAGCUUCCGUGGAUGUUUUUCCCAGACAUAGUACCAGUGGGUCAUCCAAUAUUUGAUAUAAUCAACUCAACAAACCCUGAGACGGAUUGGGAUUUGAGACUAGCCUGCCUUCUUUUGUUUGCAUUUGACGUGGACGGCAACUUUUGGCAGCUGUAUGGUGAUUUUUUGCCCAGCAUUAAUGAAUGCACUAGCCUACUCCUCGCCCAGAAGGAAGACCUUUUGGAGCUACAAGAUCCAAAUCUUGCUUCAAAAAUGGAAAUGCAGCAUCAACGGGCAGUAGAAUUUUGGGAAAAGAAUUGGCAUUCUGCUGCUCCUCUAAAGAUAAAGCGCCUUGCACGUGAUCCUGAGAGAUUUCUUUGGGCAUUAAGUAUUGUUCAAUCACGUUCUGUUAACAUGAAAAUGAGGAUUGGUGCACUUGUGCAAGAUUCAAACGUGCUAGUUCCUUAUGCUGAUAUGCUGAACCAUUCCUUCCAACCAAACUGUUUUCUUCACUGGCGGUUUAAGGACAGAAUGCUUGAAGUGAUGAUUAAUGCUGGACAACACGUACGGAAAGGAGAGGAGAUGACUAUCAAUUAUAUGAGUGGAAGGAUGAAUGACAUGUUCAUGGAAAGAUAUGGAUUUUCUUCAUCAACGAAUCCUUGGGAUGUGAUAAACUUCUCAGGCAAUGCUCAGAUUCACUUGGAUUCGUUCUUAUCCGCCUUCAACAUCUCUGGCCUCCCAGAGGAGUACUAUCACAACAGCCUCUUAUCCAGUGAAGAGGACGAUAAUUUUGUGGAUGGAGCAGUUAUAGCAGCAGCACGCACCCUACCAACAUGGUCCAAUAGAGAUAUGCCUCCAGUACCAAAUACUGAAAGGAAAGCGGCAAGAGAGUUGCAGGAAGAAUGUCGGCAGAUGCUUGCCAAAUUUCCUACUACUUCUGAUGAAGACCAGAAAAUUCUAGAUAAUAAUCCUGACGCAAGUAGAACGCGAGAAGCUGCCAUCAAGUAUCGGUUGCACAGAAAGUUGUUCCUAGAAAAGGUCACUCGAGCUUUGGAACUUUAUCAGGACAGAAUUGUUUUCUAAUUGAGCAUGUUUAUAUAUUUUCUUAGCUUCAGUAAUUCUUUUUAGUAAUCUUCAAUAUAUCCAUAAAUUCAUUGAUAAGUAUUGCCAAGCUGAUCUUGAAGCCAUUAGUUCAACAUUUAUGUUCACUAUUAUAGCGUACAUGCUUUGCA